AUGCAUUCUGGAGCCCGAUCACCUGAUUUCAGUGCCACCCUCGACCGGCAGUGGGCCCAUAGAUCACAAUCUCAGCUGGUCGACAGCUCUGAGAUUCCGAAAGCUGUCCAUCCGUUGGCUUCUGGGAGCAUCGGAUCUGCCCCGGGUUCGAGAGCUCACACUCCUUUCGAGCAAAGGAUUCUGCACUUGCCUGCCAAUGCAGAGAACGACUCUGGCUUCUCGCAAGAGCCGGUUCAGGGCUCCGCGGAAGACAACGCAGACGAGCGAAACUCGCAACAGAAAGCGCACGAUGUCAACUGGUCUACGAUAGUCUUGAAGAGAGCUGAUGAUGCAGAGGCCGAGGGGGCUCUUGCCAAGCUGGAGAGGAUGAAGAAGCAAAAAGAUACAACAAGAAGGUGGAUGAAAGGAACGGGCGCCUCACUGCUCGUCAAACAUCGCCGGAAAUCUUCAGAGAGUGUGGAUCUCUCCCUGCCAGAUGCUUCCACGCCUGACCUAUCGGGAGAGCCCGCAGAAGUCACACUUGGCAUUGUAUCACGUCCCGAAUACUCUGUCAUGGGCGUGAGAAAUGCGGCUCAAGAUACCGCUGGAAGAAUCCCAGAUAAGUCACGACUUUCGCUAUCGCUAUCGCGAACACAAUCUCCCCUUGCGGCAGGGACUUCCGAUGCUAUGGGAAGUCGUGCCGGUGAAUCCAGCGUGGGUGCAAAGCCCGGAAUACAAAGCGCCAAGAGCCCUCUGCAGGGUCCUCACUACACCUCAAGUACGUCCGUGGCAUCGCCGGAAGCCAGCACAAGUAGGCUACUAUCGCCCCUCGGAGAGGAGCUCAAAGCUGUAGAAGAAGAGCGACAGGACGAAGAGGUCGGGCGGUCUGCUCGAACGUCUCCUCAACAAGGGCGUGACGAGCCUCGCUCGCGCCCUCGGAUACCCACGCUUCACAUUCAAGAGCCUAGUGAAGCUUCAGCUGAACCUACUUCAUCGCCUUAUGCGCCACCAUCAUCAUCAUCGUCGUCGUCUACGGGUCUUGCUGUAAGACCCGUUGCGGUGCGGAAAGGCCUGAGCCUCGGUGUCGACGGCGCUGGUGUAGCUAUGGAUCGCCACAGCGGCGAUGGCAGUAGCAGCGCCAGUCAACCCGAGUCUUUCCUUGGCGAGCAGAUGUAUGAUGAGCCAGAGGGCGACGAUGACUUCCCCAGACAAGGCCAGCAUCCUUCCGCCCUCGACAGAGACGUGAGAUCGCAGGCUCUGUACGAGAAUGAUACGUCAUCUGACUCAGAUGUAGAGGAGGUGCUCGGAUCAGCAACAGCUCGUAGGGGCACGGCUGAUGAUUCAUCUGAGGAUGAGGCUUCGAUGGCCCAACUCAGCCUGCAGCAUGGUCAACGCGCGAUGGGAGGGCCUUCACGUAGAAAAGUGAAGCGAGAAAUGGUGCCCUCUGCAAACGCACGCCGGGGCACACUCGGACACGUUCGAGCUACUUCUCUGGGUGACCGAGUGACUAGGGGCCUGACCUAUGCUAGCAGCGAGAGUCGCAAUCGUAGAGCUAUGGAAAAGUACACUCCUGCACCCGCUAGAGUGGUCAAGCAAGGCGACAGUCGAUCCACGACCCCCACAUUAGGCGCCCCUUUUGAUCUAUCGACCACGUUCUUCGGCGGUAGCACAACGUCGUUCUCGGAAAGACCUUCGCCUGCAGUCGAAGAGCCUGGCGACCCUCUCUUUACAGGAAGUGGCUAUCAGCAGUCAUUGGCAGAGGCCGCAGCACGGACCCGGGAUACUCCCUUCGGUGGCUACUCCGCACAACGCCUGGAUUCGGAGCGCGGUGCGAAUCGCACCGACAAUGCUUCUCCGCAGCUAGGAUCGUACGCCCUGCACGCCUCCCGAUCCGAAACGCCUCCACUACAAUCGUUGGGAACUGCGGGUCCAGGUUCUGCCCUCGAUCCAAGGCGGGCGUCCAUCUCUUCGAUCACUUCACCUGGGCAAGAGCCUUCUGAUCGAUUCUCCUUUGGCUUGCCUCGUCGUACAGGCACAUUCCGCUCGGUCAGCUUGGCCGGCACAGGGGAGAGAGGAGGUGCACACCCAUCUCAUACACGACUUCCCCGACCUUGGCGACCCCGCCAGCGUCGGAAGUGGAAGCAACACGUGGUAGAAGAAUGUAAGGUGACACCCGACGAGGAGCUGACCGGUGCUGACCCAGAUCAGGAGCUUGACGAUGUUCUCGGUAAUCUCAUCUUGGAGGAGGAUCCCGACCAAGUGCGCGAAAAGUACGACUGGGAUGUCUUGUAUGAAAAUCAGCGCGGGCUUCUCUUCUUUGGCAUUCCGAAGUUUAGCGCUCGAGUGCUGAUGCAAUGGGACCCAGCGCCAUGGACGGAUCGCAAAUUUCAAAAUUCUCCCUACAACAUCGUCAACGCUCAGCUGCCGGACACUAGAUGGGACUGGGUUUAUCCCGAGUGGCUGAUUGACAUGUCUGGAGAUGUUGAUGAAUCGGGCUGGCAGUACUCUGGUAGCUUCGGUCGCAUCCCCAUCUCCAAGAUGAGCAGGUACAUUGGAUUCCAAAUGGCCAAGAGGGCAGGGCGGGUCCCUCAAGGAAGCGCAUCCGGUGAGAUGGAAAUGGAAGGCGUUGAAGCAGCAACACAUCGCAAGCAAGAGAAGCGGAAGCAGAAGGAGCAGACAAGGGAAGAUGAUGGGGUGGAGGCGCUGAAGAGAAGCAUAAAAGCAAGGGGCAACAAAUGGACCGGCCGACCAGAUGGCGCUACUUUUGUCAGACGACGUCGUUGGAUUCGACUCAGGAAACGGCGAGGCCUCGUCCCCGCAGGUUCUCUUCCCAAAGGAGACAGCAGUCGCCAAUCCGCAGAGCCCGUACAGGGCGUCGUUGAAGUAGCUCAUACCAACGGCAACUAUGUCCCCAAGGCAUCUGGCGCCUCUUUAGCGGCUGACUCGACAUCGGAUUCCGGAUCAAGUCUUACCUCUUCCGACGAGGAAGAUGAUUCCUCAUCCGAUGGUGAAAGCGCCUCAGUGGACUCGGACCCUUCAGCUGUCUCGCCACCACAUCGACUGGCGGAACAUCCACGCAAUAGCUCUCACGCCUCCGAUCCCCGCAAAGAAUUGUCACAGGCAAAACGGCAACGGCGCCAUCAGAAGGAGUUCACGGGCACGUUGCGAGAAUUGAAGCAUCUACUUCCUGCCAUACUUGAUCCCAAAGGAGCUUUGCAGCACAGCCUCGACCACCAGUUGAGUGGUCAAGACUUGGCUCUGGGUUGUAUCGAUGCACGGAACCCUUACAUUAGCUGGAAGUUCGUCAAGAAGCGUCUCAAUGAAGAUGACAUGAGCUGGAAGACUACGGCCCUUCGCCAGAGGGAGCGGCAUUACCAGACUAGAAAAUGUGAUGGUUUCAGACUUCCUACACGCAGACGUACAUCAGACGCCAACGGUCGAAGGCAAUUCCCUGCUUCCCUCGGCUCAAGACAUGGCACCACUGAUUCUGUUCGUCAGUCCAAGGGUCCAUACGCUGACGGCACAGGUAACGCUGCACGCCGCAGCUCACAAGCUUCGAUUCCCAUUUUCAGCGCUACCGAUGCCAAUGAAGCGCCUUAUCAAGACAUGUUCGCAGCCAUUGAUGCCUACGAGCUCACCAAAGAUGCGCUGGUCGAUAUCAACUGGGUCAGGGUGAAGAGAGUCUUGAGAGCCUGCAACCUUGAUCGUCAGCGUUUGGAUCUCUGGAGAUUGUGGCUGGGCCUUGACGGCCCGAUUCUGGUGACCUCGGAGCAGUUGCUUGCAGAGGGCGAGACUGCGCUCCAUUUGGCGGCGACGACAGGAAAUUGGACGGCCGCUGAAGAGUUCAUGGGCUCUUAUCAGACUGAUGGUCACGGCAGACGAUCCAGUGUGACCUCACUUGCCGGUCCAUCUACCAAGGCGCCUAGGAGACGUCAUACUUCGCAGCCCCAAUCUUCUCAAAGGGAUCAGAGCUUCAAUAUUCUACCUGAUGCAAACGAUGUCUGGGACCUCCUGGAACGUCGGAUCGAUUCGAUCCUGAUUCUGUUCGAAUUUAAUGGUAGCCGAGCUUAUCUAUUGAAGCUCCUGCUUAGCAUUCACGAUGGUGCUCAUGGUCAACACCGACAUCGUCCCGAGACCUGGUCAUUCCGGGAUGAGGCAGGAAAGCACUAUCAGAGAACCGCACCUCAGGUCCUCGCACCUUGGGCCCAUGGGCCCAGAGGGAAUGGUCACUCUACAGAUCGGAUCGGCCAAAGUAACGGCAACGGUACAGAAGAGGGAGAUUAUCCUGAAAAUCCGUACAACAACGACUGGGUAGCCGGACUAGCGACUCGUCUUCAAUUCUAUUCCGAUGUGCAGGAGAUCGCCACCUCGUUGCAAGAUCACAGUGGGGCAAGAAACAGCUUCAGUCCUCCAAGGCCUGAAGCGACUUCUGCUGGCCUAGGAAUCUCGCCUCGGAACGGGGAGACAGUACCUGUUCGCUUCCGUUCGCCAUUCGCUGAAGCCUCAUCGAAUGCGGAGACCAGCGCCGGACCAAGUUCAGCCAAUGAUGCCACUCCAUCUCCUCCUCACGCCCCUACCAAUACGCGUGGACAGCCAGUCUUGCAUUCCUUGAGGACCAGUCCCUCUGCACUCUUCCAGGCCUCGGGUCGGAAUCAGCAGUCCUCUGCAGACACGGUAAAGGGCAGUAGUGCUGCCGUCAGGUUCGCUCAGAACAUCGGCAGAGAGCCUUCACCCCGGUCACGUUCUCCAGCCCAAGAUCACGCUUCUGACCUCGGGUAUCAUGGUCCAUUCCAAUCGCACUACCAGCUUCAAGCUCCGCGUGUACAGCAGCAGGGGACAUCGCAGCCACAGCCACAGCAGCAGCAGCAGCAGCAGCAGCAGCCAGAACGACCAAAGUCGGCUUCUCGACUGUCUCCCUCUCCACUUGAUAGGCCGGCACGCCAUCGAGGAGUGGGCGUCAAUGGUCCACCUCGCCAGCCCUCGCCCGGCCAACUGGCGAGCCCCACGAGUGCAGUAGCUCGCGCCAAGCAUCCACUCUCGACGAUGAGAAACGCCAGUCCGGACCCUUCUGAAGCUGAAAGCGGGCGUGACAGUGGACGCACUUCUUUGCCACCUUCGCGAUCUUCGACAAUGGGCCCACGCAUGGGCCCUUCUCCAGCGCCUGGAUUGAGGAGAGACACCUUGCCAUCGCCUGGUCAUCUAGAUCCCGUCUUGCAAUCAAACCCAAGCGCUGCUUUCCAAAAAGAGCAACUUCGAAGACUUCUCAUGGGUGGCGGUGUGGAGGAUGUAGAUGCAGAUGCAGAGGAGGUAGAGAGCGAAAUUGGUCGAGGAUCAGGCUGA